ACUGGCUUCUUUCGGUUGUUACAGUGGAGGAGAGAGAAGAGUCAGCUUGCCAUGCCCAGACGCGUCAGAGCCGUUGCCAAUACAUACAGACAGCUCACGGAGGCUAUACUGAGCACCAUCGGCCUCACAGAGGAAGACAGUAUUCGUGAGCAGGAGGUUGAGGAAGAUGACAGAUCUGAUGACGUGCAGGAGGUUGAAGAUGAAGAUGAUUUGGCCGCCCUGGAGAGAUUUCUGCAGAGGGAGCAGCAGGUGUGUGAUGAGCGUGUAUUUCAGCGCGGUGUCAGCUGUGCCCUGUGCUGCGUAGCUCGGAGAGGAAGACUGGGCGCCGCACGCACACUGCUGCGCUACAGGCCAGAACUAGACUUUGUGUGCAUAGAGAGAGGAGUGUAUGAGAGGCGGCCUUACCGCUGUGUCCUGCUGGAGGCGGUGAGAGGCAACCAUCCCCUCAUGCUGCAGUUACUGGUGGAGCACGGAGCAGACAUGAACAGCAGAGACAAGCUCUUUGGGACCCGUGCUCUAGACGAAGCAGUUGAACACUACCGUAAGCUACCGUGUCUGAGGAUGCUACUGCAGCUGGGAGCUGAUGUCAAUGCACGCAACUCCGACGGUAGGACUGCCCUCAUCCAUGCCGUGGCUGAAUAUGGCCCUGCCUACAGUAACAAUCUUGAGAACAUCCGACUGCUGCUCGAAGGAGGUGCUUGUGUGAAUUCGGUGACCCCUGGGGACUCUGCCAUGUGGUGGGUGGUGACGUAUCUGAAAGAGGCCUUGGACAACGAGGACGCUGAGGAGGCAGCUGCUGUCGGACGAUACUGCACUCAAGUUGCAAACAUGCUCUUGGACCACGGCGCACCGGCAAGCUCAGAUGUUUGCCCGAACGGGGGCAGUUGGUAUAGGAGGAGGAGAGAGGCUGAGGAGGAGAGGUGGAGGGGGAGAGAAAAUGAGAGGUGCAUGGUAUCCUUGAGCGCGUUGUGUGUGGAGCAUUUUGACCUGCUCUUCCCCGUCUGCGUUUCCUUGCUGAGCCGCGGCGUCCCACUCAACGUUCUCUGCUCCUGCCACCGCAACAGCCCAGAACUUCAGAUGGAGCCAUGCUUAUCUGGGAUGGAGCUCAUGAUGCGUGUGCUGGAGGAAAAACUGGGUCCAGAUCCCAACAUGCGGUCAGCUGAAAACCGCGAGCUGAUGGAUAAAGCCCUGGCACUAAUAGACAUCUCAGAAGCCUGCUGCGUAACGCCCAGCUUUGAGGAGGGGCUGGAGGACGACCCCCCCGAAUCCCUCUCCCCCUCCCACCCCGUCUUGGAGCUGAGGGAGCGACUGGAUGAGGAGUAUUAUUACCAACUCCCCUCACUCAGCAAACUCUGCAGGCGGUCCAUACGCCAACUGCUGGCCCCGUCUCCACUGGAGUCCAAAGUGGCGUUGUUGCCCCUCCCCCAGCUGCUCAAGGACUUCCUGAUUCCUGAAGUCAGCUUCCUCCGCCGGCCCGGCUGGGACCGCCUCCAGUGCCGAACCAGCAGAAGCGGCACGCCCAAUGGCAGCCCUUGAUAGUUACCCCUGCCCAAUUACAGCCCUCCAUAGUUACCAUAGCUACCUCUUGCCCAAUGGCAACCCUCCACAUCCUACAACCUGACCGCCUCCAGCACAAACAACGCUCGAAUCACCUCACUGCUUGCCCAAUCACAGACCUCCAUAGCUGCCGCUUGCCCAAUGGCAGCCCUACAAAGAUACAUCAGGGGUGAAUUUCUCAAAACCAAAGUUGCUUACUACAUUAGCUACUUUGUUGUUUUCAAUGCAUUUCCCAUUGGCAACUACCAAAGUUGCUAACAGGCUAACAACUUCUCUUUUGAGAAACUCACCCCAGGUGUGUAGUUUUUUGCUAAUAGGUUUAUUUGAUUUGGGGGACCAUCUAGCGACGUUGCCAGUUUGAUCUACUAUCACACCAUGUGUGAGGUGUGGGGGGACAGGUGGGGAAUGUUACUGCUAUGUUCUGUUCUUUACUUGUGUUUUUCUGUUGUUCUUUGGUGUGUUUGUGCCUCAUGUCUGGUGCCAAAGUGAUUGUGCUGCAAAUACAAUUGCACCAAGGGGACAAUAAAGUCUGUAACUAACUAGACGUCAUAUUCAUACUGCAACGUGAAAUGUUGGCAGAGAAAGAGAAGGGCAACUUGUGUGCUUUUAUGUGUGUGUGUGUGUGCGUCAGUGCGUGCGUGUACAAAACCAUCACAUUCCUGUUUUUAAGUUCUUUAUUAGAAAUAAUUGAUUUAAUUUGAUUCAAUUUGAUCAUUUAUAUCAUGUUAUACACCUUUAUGAUUGUCCAUGGUGCCAUAACAGGCUCAGUGAUCCAGGGUCAGACCUUAUGUGAGGCCUUGGAGAAUACAUGGACAGUUUGUGUUCAAUUUCGAACUGCAUCGUUGUUUCUGAUUGCCAAUUAAACAUGUUGUUCGUGU